AAGAUUUAAGAUAUUUAUUUAUACUUUUUCUUUGUUCUUCGCCUAAGCUUCGCCGCUUCAAUUAAUUUUAACGAUAUUUUUAAAGUAAAAUAAAAUUAUUGAUAAAUAUAAGAAAUGCUAAAAAAUUAUGCUACCGAUUGUGCUGAUGUAAUACACAGUACCUCAAAUGACAAUGAAACGGUUUUACUUUUACAUUCAUAUACGUUAAUAAUAAUACUUAAUGAAAUGUUUAAAUAAAAAUGAAUAUCACAUGACAAAAACGCAAGGUACAUUAAAUCGAGCAAUAUCCCAUUUUGUAUAUUUACAUAUGAUAAAAGAAAAAUAGUUCAUAAUAUUUUUAUUUAAGUGACUCUUAUACCAUCGAAUGUUCACAUGUGUUUAUAUAAUAAUUACUAUCUUUAAGGAUACAGAUGUGAAGCUCUAUUUGGAAGGAUGCUUGAAAUAAACAAGAAUUUUCUUUAUACAGAUACUUUGAGAAUACAGAUGUUUUAAAUUUACGAGACUACAAAAUCAUAUUACUCCACAUGAAACAAGCUCGAGAAAGAAUUCAAGAGUUUGAACGAUUACAAAAAGCGCGACAUCUUCUAGAUGCCAUUUCAUUACUAAACGAUUUGCUUGCUGAUGGUUCUGAAAUAGAAAUACUAUCGCUUGCUGAAAUAAUAGUGAGAAGAUUAAAAAAGUUAGGUGUGACAAAUACAAUGGCAGAUAAAGAAAACGAAUAUAAAAAUACGAGAUUAUCAGCUUCGAGAUUUACACAUAGUGGUAUUUAUCACUGUUGUACAUUUUGCUCCAGUGGUGGAAAGAAAGAAAUUAUUUGUGGCUGCAAAGGCACCAUGCCUGGUGGUUACAAAGGUUGUGGCCAUGGACAUAUUGGACAUCCAGGUUUUAACCAUUGGUCUUGCUGUGGAUCUAUAUUACGUAAUGGACGUUGCUUAAUUAUACGAAAAACUAUACAUCAACUUAUAUUGUAAGUCUUAAUAAAUUAAUAAAUAUAUCUUUGUGUAUGAAUAUAAUUUAGAUAUUCCAGUUUAA